AUGACAGUCGAGCUGGGACAAAAUGCUGCUGAGCCGUUGAGCUUCUCGGUGCGCUUGGGCGAGGAGACGGAUGCGGCCGAGAUCGCAGCGCUGGGCGCCAAGGUGUUUUACGAGUCGUUCGCCUGGUCGAUGCCAGCACAGGACAUGCGCGACUACCUCGACACCUCCUACUCGGCCUCAGCCAUCCAGCUCGAGCUCAAGGACGCGGCGACGUACCGCUUCUGGGUAGCGCGCGACGACACCACCAACAAGCUGCUGGGUUUCGUCCAGCUCAAUCGCUGCUCGGACGAGCCGUGUCUUACCGUCAAGCCGCCCGAGUCGAUCGAGCUGCAGCGCAUCUACACCGACACUGCUGCACACAGCCGCGGGGUAGGAUCGACACUCAUGACGACGGCAUUGGAGUAUGUGGUGGCGCAAAAGUACAGGGCGAUAUGGCUGGGCGUGUGGGAGGAGAAUCCAAAGGCGCAGAAGUUUUAUGCACGCAAUGGCUUCAAUAAGGUCGGCACCCAUGACUUUGUGAUGGGUAGCUGCGUCCAGACGGAUUGGAUCCUCGAACGCAUGAUUUAG